AUGAGACUAAGAGUUGCGUGUGUCCAGUUUAAUCCUUUGUUGGGACAAGUUGAAGCAAAUAUAACAAGGGUGAAGACACUUCUUUCAAGUGUCCAGAAAGAAAUAGACUUGAUUGUUCUUCCCGAGCUCUCACUUUCGGGCUACAAUUUCUCGUCUCCGCAGGAAAUUAAACCAUUUCUAGAAGAUUCAACUCAAGGUAAGAGUUGUUCUUUAGCUAGAGAAUUGUGCAAGACGUAUGGAUGUACUACUGUCAUAGGAUAUCCUGAAACUCACCAGGGUACCACUUACAACUCCGCAUUGGUAGUGGACGAAGAGGGGAACGUAGUCUAUAACUACAGAAAGACUCAUCUUUACGAGACAGAUGAGGCUUGGGGAUGUAAAGAAAAUCCAGAUAAAAGCUUCCCUUCUAUCCCACUAACACUUGGCAAAGAUAGCUCAAGAUUAACUCUCAGGACUAACAUUGGCAUAUGCAUGGAUCUAAACCCCUACAAAUUUGAAGCACCCUUCAAUAAAUUUGAGUUUUCUAUUUCAAGUUGGUUGAACGAUUCAUCGUUAAUAAUAGUCCCAACGGCAUGGCUCUCGUCUGAUUCGCCGUCGAUUCAGGAAAGCUGGACCAGGGAUGAGAAAGACAAAAAAGCAUCCGAAUGGCAAAAGCGAUUUACUGAAAACUCAAUUGAUGAAGCCAAUGUUGAAAGCAAGCUGUUGGUAGACUACUGGAUUCUACGCUUCUUUCCGUUCUUGUCCCAUCCUGCCAACGGACUUUCACAGAAACCCCACAAGACUACUGUCAUUCUUUGCAAUCGUACAGGGAUCGAAGGAGAUGUAUUAUAUGGUGGAUCGUCUUCUAUUUUGCAAUUCGAUCCUUUGAAAGGAUCAAGUGAUGAUCUAGACAGUGCGAACCCUAGUGUUGAAGUAGUUGGAAGUGCUGGAUGGGCCAAUGACCAGGUACUAUACAGGGAAAUACAAAUAUAG